UGUCCCGGUAACCCAACGCCGGGAAGGCUGCGGGGGCCGCGGCCAUGGGCGAGCUGGGCCCGGACGAUGGGGCCGGCAACACCUACAGCCUUCGGCCCGGCCUCCAGCACCGAUUCAAAUCGUCCUCAGUAAAAGAAUGCAUCCAUGUGAUACUGAAGGAGAAGCUGGCCAAUGUACAGUACAACCCAGAGGAAAUGCCUGAGCUUACAAAGUCCUUAUCAGAGACAAUAAAAGACAGACUGAAAGAGGAGGGAUAUGACAGGUACAAAAUGGUGGUGCAGGUUGUGAUUGGAGAACAGAGAGGAGAAGGAGUGAACAUGGCCGCGCGAUGUUUCUGGGAUGCCGACACUGACAGCUGUGCUCACGACGUGUUCAUGAAUGUGGGAAGAGGAAGCACAAGACACAAAGUCUUCUCUGUGCUUUUCUGAACUGCAGUCAUGGAGCAUGGCUGAAAUCCAGGACUGAGUAGAAGUCGAGGUUUUACUUCAUUAUUUUUUUAUUUUUAACUGGCACCUAGACACCUGUGGGAGUGUGGAUGGAGGAAGGUGAGGCACUUCUGGCAUUCAGAUGCACUGACCUGGGUUACACCAAAAGUGAGGUGAACAAAAGACAGAAAGUUGCUAUAUAUUACAAAGCAAGGUUAUGCUCUGGCCUAAACGUUCCCUGAGGUUUUCCCAUUCCACUAGGCUAGCAAAGAGCCUUGACUAACAUGGACCCUUUCUCUGUUUUCCCCAGGACAGCUUGUUUUGUGUGGUAGCUGCCUUUGGCUGCUUCUACUAUUGAAAGUGGCAAACAUUGCACAGAGGGACAGAGUUGGAGGAGGAAGCUUUGCUUUGGGGUAUUUUUUGUUAAAGUGCACUAAAGCAUCAUGUUCUUCCUGUAGUACCUAAGAAAAUAACAGCUAUACAAAGCACGUCCUACACCUGGUCUACACACUACAACAUUCCUUCUUCCUUGUGGAUAUCAAUAGAGCUUUAAGCACAAUAUUAUUAUGUCCUUUAUUUAAAUGGCCCUUUGUUUUUUAUGUAGUAUGUUGGUUUUGUCCUAAAAGUGUAUUGUUUCUAAGACAAACUAAACUUGUGUCUUGAAAGGGUUCUGUUACUUCCAUUUUUAUGAAAUUAAUUAAAUAUUUAUAAGAAAAGAAACAUAAUAAAUCUAUGUAUUUAAUA